CACCGGCGAGAGUUUCGAAAGCACACUGCCUCUUCAGGUCCAGGUGAAAUCUAAAGUGGUUCCAGACAACACGAAGACGGCCUGCAAACCAGUGGUGUCGUGUAGUGAAGAGGAGUGGGAGAGAAACAAGAGAACGUGUGAUCACUGAACUCCAUUCUCUGAUGAACUCCAUUGCGAAUCAGAAAACUGGAAGGAACGACCCACACUGGCAACACCCUUCAGAUCUCACACGCAGGAAUUUCCGUCAGUCGCGUCUCAAAGGUCCAUCAGUCUCCCUCGACGAGUGGCAGAAAAGAAACCUUCUUGCCUAUCGACGCUUUGUUAAUGUGCCGGACAUUUUCCACAGAAGCCCAGUGCUGUGAUUUAUUUAUUUGUUUGAUUUUAUUGUUAUAUAUUUGUUGUCAUUUCAUAUCUUUGCUCUUUGUCGUUGUUAUGAAGAGUGCUGAUUUCACAACACCAAACUGUGGUCGGCCAGAUGUCUGUGUAGUGUCUGCCAGUCAUAACAUCAGCAUUUGCAGAGAGAUUCAACUGUUCUUCCUCUUAUAAACCACAUGCGAAAAUGCGCAAGAAUUUUCACCAUAAAUAAGGUUAGGUUCGAAAAUAUUGCAAAAUGCUUCUCUUGCCUGACAUCAACAAUGAGACUGCAUUAGUCGAGACACCAUGGAAGAGGAAGAGCAGCUGGGAUCUGAAGCCAGUAUUCUGUCUUGUGGUCUUGCUGACGGACAACAGACUGAGAGGAAAUGUCCACAGAUACAGGGAACAAGGAACUCAAGCAUGGAGAAGGAGUGGAGAUUACUUGGCUUCCUUUUUCUGUCAUUAUGUUUUCUUGUCAGCAAUGGCCAAAAACGUGUCUGUACACAGGAGACUGUGGCUGACAUUGUAUUCCUGGUGGAUGGCUCUACCAGUAUUGGGCUGGAAAACUUCCAACAAAUCCGUGAAUUCCUCACUUUUCUCAUACAGACCUUUGAAGUUGCUCAUGACAGGAUCAGGAUCGGUCUGGUUCAGUACAGUGACAAACCGCAUACUGAGUUUUCGCUCAACACUUAUCAGAAAAAAGAGGAAAUUCUCAACUACAUCCAAAAUCUGCAUUAUAAAACCGGCGGGACAUAUACCGGCCUGGGUUUGGACUUCAUGCUGGAACAGCAUUUUGUUGAAAAGGCCGGAAGUCGAGCACAGCAGAAUGUUCCUCAGAUUGCCGUUGUUAUCACAGAUGGUGAUUCUCUAGAUGAGGUUGAGUCACAUGCUCAGGAGCUGAGGGACAGGGGAAUCAAAAUAUUCGCCAUAGGGAUCAAAGAUGCGAACGAAACGUUACUGAGACAGAUCGCAAAUGAGCCAUAUGAUCAGCACGUCUACAGCGUAUCAGACUUUGCAGCUCUGCAGGGAAUCUCUCAGAGUGUAAUCCGGGAACUGUGUAACACUGUAGAGAAAACACACAUAGAGGUCAUCAGGAUGUCAAAAGACUGCAACGAGACUGCACAGGCAGACAUUGUGCUCCUUGUGGACUCGUCUGGUAGCAUUGGAGACAGUGAUUUUGAAGAAGUGAGGAAGUUCCUCCAUGCUUUUGUGGAACAAUUUAACCUUAGACCUGACAAGGUGAGAGUGGGACUUGCCCAGUUCAGUGACAGACCAUACCCAGAGUUCUUACUUGGUGAUUAUAUAGAUAAGAAAGACCUGCACCAAAAGUUGGAUGCUUUCAUCUACCGUGGAGGAGGCACCAACACCGGUCAGGCCCUGACUUUCAUCCGUGAGAAUUACUUUAGCCUGGCCAGAAAGAAUGUCCCUGGCAUUGCUAUAGUCAUCACAGAUGGGGAAUCACAGGAUGCUGUACAGGAACCUGCCCAGAGACUGCGAAAUAUGGGAGUUGCCAUCUUUGUCAUCAGGGUGGGAAUGGGCAACAUGGAGAAACUGCACACCAUUGCUAAUGUCCCACAUGAAGAGUUCUUAUUCAGUAUUGACAGUUAUCAAGAACUGCAAGGUCUAAAAGUGAGUCUACGCAACAAAGUGUGCUUUACCGUGGAGAUCCAGUCACAAGCUUUUGUGAAAAAAUAUGCUGAUCUCUUCAUACUGGUUGAUAGUUCAGCAUCUAAACAAGAGCAGCAAACAAUAAGGAAUUUCCUCUAUAGACUGGUCAACCAGCUGGAAGUGGGGAAGAAUGCUAAUCGUGUCGGCCUGGCUCAGUUUAGCGAAGAUGUCAAAGAGGAAUUCCUGCUUAAUACUGACAAGACCAAGAAUGAGAUGGUGUCAUUUAUUCGCAACCUGCAGCUGAGGCCUACAGGGGAGCGUAGAAUUGGCCAUGCCAUUGAAUAUGCCCACACACAUUUCUUGAACAGCACUGCUGGAAGCCGUGUCUCUGAAGGGUUUAAGCAGUUCCUGUUAGUUAUCUCUGCUGGAGAAUCCGCUGAUGGUGUCGUCCAAGCAUCCCGAACAAUCAAAGAAGAUGCAGUGACAGUUUUUGCUGUUGGCUUAAACAAAGCUGAUCCGUUUGAGAUGAAGGACAUCUCUAGUCCACAGCACAGCUACAAGUUAGUAGGUAAUGUUCCACAAGUGCAACAGAAACUUAAGUCUGCCAUUGACACAUGGGAAGACGCUGCCGUCACAGAGGAGUGCACGUUUGAUGUGGUGGCGGAUAUCGCUUUUAUUGUUGAUCAGUCCAGCAGUAUCAGAUCCAAAAACUUCCAACUUGUGCGUGACUUUCUCGAGAACACCAUCGGAGGUCUCGAUGUGGGCGAGGGAAAAAUAAAGGUAGCUGUGAUCCUCUAUAGCGACUUCCCUCGAGCUGAUGUGUACUUGGACACCUUCAAUGAUAAGGCUGACAUCCUGCGCUACAUCAGUAGCAUGGCGUAUGGUCGUGGUAAAACAUACACUGGAGCUGCUCUCAGGUUUGCCAAAGAGCAUGUGUUCACCAAAGCAAGAGGCAGCAGAAGAGAUGAGCAUGUUCAGCAGGUUGCUGUUGUUAUUACCGAUGGAAAGUCCACAGAUGACGCGGCCAGCGCUGCGGCAGAUUUGCGGCGAUCAGGCGUCACUGUAUUUGCGCUUGGUAUCAAAGACGCAAAAGAGGAUGACUUGAGAGAGAUCGCAUCCUACCCACCCAAGAAGUUUGUGUUAAAUGUGGAACGCUUUGAUCAACUAAAUUCACUUGCGAAGAUUUUAACCAAAACACUUUGCAAUGAAAUCACAGAUGCCAUCAUACCUAAAUUCUCAUUCAGAGCAGUAUCUAAAGGUUGCAAGCAAACAGUCAAAGCUGACAUAUACUUCCUUGUGGAUGAAUCAGGAAGUAUAGACCCUGCAGACUUUGAAGAUAUGAAGAAAUUCAUUAUUGAAUGGCUUGAUGUGUUUGAGAUUGGAAAUGACUAUGUGCGCAUUGGGGUGGUGAAGUUUGAAAGCCUUGCAACCACAGUUUUCCGAUUACACAACUAUAGCACAAAAACUGAUGUCAAAAAGGCAGUGAAGGAUCUUCAAAUGAAAGGAGGGGGCACCAGAACUGAUCUGGGGUUAAGAGAAAUGAUACCGCUAUUCAAAGAAGCUGUACAAACACGUGGGGAAAAGGUUCGUGAGCUGCUGAUUGUAAUCACAGAUGGAGAAUCAAUAGGGACAGAAGAGCCGGUAGAAGUUCCUGCUAAAGAACUGAGAACAGAACAGAAUGUCACCAUUUAUGCUAUUGGUGUGAAAACCGCAUCUGUGCCCGAGCUGGAAUUAAUAUCUGGCAGCCCACAAAGGACGUUUUAUGUCAAAAACUAUGAUUUUCUCAAGGAUAUUAAGAAAGACAUCCUUACAGACAUAUGUUCCUUUGAAGGUUGUGAAGGUCUUUUUGCAGAUGUUGUCUUUCUGAUCGAUGGAUCAGAAAGUGUUAGCGCUGAUGACUUUGAAAAGAUUAAGCGCAUAAUGGAGAAUGUGAUAGAAAAGUUUGCAAUUGGACCAGAGAAGGAGCAUGUCGGAGUUGUUCAGUAUGGUACAAACACAAAAGAGGAGUUUUCCUUAAAUGCAUUUGAUGAUAAAGCUACAUUAUUAGAGGAAAUUAGAAAUAUCAGACAGAUGAAUGGAAAAACUUACACUGGAAAAGCACUCACAGAAGUAUUGCAAUCUUUUGACAAGUCUAAAGGAGGACGCUCCACUGCCUUGAAGUUCUUGAUAGUUCUUACAGAUGGAGAUAGUAGGGAUGAUGUAGCCCAACCUGCGAAAGUCCUGAGAGACAAAUCCAUCAACAUCAAAGCCAUUGGUAUGAGACAUGCAAACAGAUCUCAGAUUCUUGCCAUUGCUGGAUCCCAUGAAGGUGUGUUCUUUGAAGACGCAGUUGCUUCCCUGAAAGAAUUAAGCAGUGAUGUUCUUCUCAAGAUCUGUAACACGGAAUGCAAGACACCUGAACUGAUUGACAUAAUCUUCCUUGUGGAUGCCUCUGGUAAUCCCAAUAAAGAUGGUUUCCAGGAAUUUAUAAGCCUAAUGACACAUGUGGUGAACAAAUCUGUGGUUGGAGAAAGACGGGUACGAUUUGGCGCCAUCACCUACUCUGACAGCCCUCAAUCGGAGUUCACCCUGAAACAGUACAAAAGUCAGGCUGAUGUUCGGAGGGUUAUCUCAAACCUCAAACCUUCAGGGGGAAGAAGAAACACGGCCCGGGCCCUUAAAUAUACACUCUCCUACUUUGACGAAACACAUGGUGGACGACGGGCGAAGAAUGUACCCCAAGUGCUGUUUCUGAUUACAGAUGGCAAGGUUAAUGACUUGAGUGGACUGGAAGGAUGGCCUGAAUCCCUGGCAAAAUCAGAAGUCAACUUUUUUGCUAUUGGUACUGAAGAUGCCGAUGAGGACCAGCUAAGGGAGAUGGCGGGAGAGAAAGGAAGAGUGCACUAUGCAAGCACCUACCAGGAUCUGCGCGGACGACAAAAAACAAUCACCCAAGAGCUCUGCAAUCUUACCAAACCAAUUUGUGAGAUGGAGGUAUCAGACCUUGUUUUUUUAAUUGAUGGAUCAGAGUCUAUUAAGGAACCAAGUUGGUAUAUUCUCAAACAAACCAUGAUUGGCAUCGUGAAAGAACUGGAUAUUGCUCAAGACAAGUGGCGAGUGGGUGUCGCCCAGUUCAGCGAUAUACUCUUGCAUCAAUUUUACCUGAACACAUACACUAGUUUUGCAGAAGUGAAGCAAGUUAUAAACAAUAUUAAGCAACGAAAGCAGGGCACACAUACUUGGGACGCCCUGAAAUUAAUUAGACACUACUUCACAAAAGAGAAUGGAUCCAGAAUAGAUGAAGGAGUCGCUCAGAAUCUCCUGCUGAUCACAGAUGGAGAAGCUACUGAUGAAAAAGACUUGAAUGCAUUGGCUUAUCUCAGAAACAAGGGAAUAACAAUAACUGUUAUUGGGGUUGGCAAUGAAAUAAAAAAAUCUGAGCUGCGUGAAAUAGCUGGAUCACCUGACCGGGUCCUCAUUGAGACUUUCGAAAGCCUUGAACUGAAGACAACCAUAAAGAAAGUGUUAAAUUUCCUCUGUAAAGACCAAAGACAGCCUCCCGAACAUGAUUGCAGUAUUGACGUUGCCUUUGGGUUUGACGUGUCCAGACAAUCAACACAGCCUCUGUUGAGACGUCAGGUGGAACCGAUAGUUACUGCAGCCAUCCACAGUAUCUCCAUGAUGGGUGAUCUGUGCUGUGUCAAAGUGGACAACAUUAAAACUAGAUUUGGCUAUAGGCUAGUGUCUGGACAAAAUGGCAGAGUUCUGGAUAAUUUUAGCUUUGAGGAGUACAACAAGGAUGUGGUCAGGAAAGUGAUGUUACUGCGACCUACGGAGCCCCUGGCCUUCAACGAGUUUCUGUUAGAUUCCUUCAAAGAAAUGUUUGUCGUCUCCAAAGCCAAGGCAAAGGUUUUAAUAAUCUUUACAGAUGGAUUAGAUGAUAGCAUUCAGCGUUUAAUGGCGAGUUCAGAAAGACUUCAGCAAAGCGGGGUCGAUACACUGCUGAUUGUGUCUUUGGAGGGAAUAAUGGAUGUUCACCAGCUGGAAUUUGGCAGAGGUUUCAGCUACAUGCAGCCACUGACCAUCAACAUGCUGAAUUUAGGCAAUGCUCUUAUGAAACAGAUUGAAACAGUGGCGCUGAGGAAAUGCUGCGAUGUGCCUUGUUCAUGCACUGGUGUACCUGGACCACGAGGACCGCCUGGAAGUCUGGGUCAAAAGGGAUCUAGUGGUCAGAAGGGUCAUCCUGGAUUUCCAGGAGAUGAAGGUAGUAUGGGAGAGCGAGGACCACCAGGGCUGAUUGGAACUCAGGGACACAACGGUUGCCCUGGAAACAGAGGAAUCAAGGGCCAGCGAGGCUACAAUGGAAAUAAAGGAGAAGAUGGGGAGGACGGGCUGGAUGGAGUGGAAGGAGAACAGGGCGAUGCUGGUCUAGAUGGGCUUCCAGGACCUAAAGGAGACCCGGGCAGUGCUGGUAUGAAGGGUUUCAAAGGGAGUCCUGGAACUAAGGGACACAGCGGUCUGAGAGGAGAUCCUGGAUCACCAGGAAUAGACAACAAUAAUUCAGGUCCAAAAGGCGAGAGAGGAGAUACUGGGCUCCCGGGUGACCAGGGGCCUUUUGGACUCCCAGGCAGACCUGGAGAUAACGGUGAUCCUGGUGCUCCAGGAAGAAAAGGCCCACUAGGAUUCCCGGGUGAAUCUUCAAAUGAAAAAGGAGAAGCUGGACAGCCAGGGCCUCCUGGUUACCCUGGACAAGUGGGACCACCAGGUGGAAAUGGGGCUCCAGGAGAAGGUGGUCAUUCAGGUGUACCUGGAAUUCCGGGUCCCUUUGGUCCUUCUGGAGCUAAAGGUUCAAAGGGAGGUCGAGGACCCAGAGGGCCAAGGGGUCUACCAGGUGACGCAGGGAUCAAGGGAGCGCUGGGGCCAGAGGGAUUCAAAGGGCCUCCGGGACAAGAUGGAAGAGAUGGGUAUGGACCUGCUGGGCCCAAAGGACACAAGGGAAACAAUGGAUACUUUGGCCUCCCUGGUUUGCAGGGUGAGGAUGGUACCAAAGGAUCCAGUGGAAGUAAAGGACACAAAGGUUAUCGAGGAACACGGGGGAACGCUGGUCGUCCGGGUAUGCCAGGUGCUCCGGGAGAAAAUGGGAUGGACGGACACAGGGGUGAAAAAGGACUUCCUGGAAUCAGUCCGAUGCCUGAAUGUGACCUGGUCGAAUACAUACGCAAAAACUGCGCUUGCUGCGCUGGAAACCGUUUCCAGUGUCCAGUUUACCCCACAGACCUGGUGAUAGCCUUGGACAUGUCUGUAGGUGUAUCUUCUGAAGUGUUCGAGCGGAUGCGUUCUGCUGCUCUCUCCUUACUGGAAGACAUUUCCAUUGCGGAGACAAAUUGUCCACGGGGAGCUCGGGUGUCUGUGAUCUCCUACAACAGCGAGUCCAGGAACCUGAUCCGUUUCGCGGACCACCAUAAGAAGAAGACCCUUCUGGAAGCUCUAAGAACAAUCGCUGUAGAGAGAACCACAAAAAUCAGGGACAUAGGACAAGCCAUGCUGUUCGUGGCACGGAACGUCUUCAAACGAGCCAGAAAGGGCAGACUUAUGAGGAAGAUGGCUGUGUUCUUCACAAACGGGCCAUCGAAUGAUGAAUCAAGACUCGCCACAGCAAUGCUGGAGUUCAAGGCGGCAGACAUUGGCCUCGGAGUGAUCGCUUUACAACCUGCUGACGAUGUGAGCCAAGCAAUGCAGGUUGACGACACGAGAAGCUACAUUAUUGUUGAUGGCAGAGGAGUGAAUCGCAUUAAGAAGUGCCUCAUAUGUUUUGAUCGUUGUAAACCAGACCCAGAGUGUGGUGUAAUUCUGCGGCCACAACCUCUACAGAUGGACUUGGACCUGUCUUUGCUGCUGGAUGCGUCUAAUAACCUGAACACCCAACAGUAUUCAGAUGCGAAGGAGCUUCUUCUGUCUCUGUUAGACCGGAUCGGUGUGAGCAACGAGCCGAGCAGAGCGGACAGGAAAACCAGAUUGGCCGUCUACCAGCAGAGCUCUGUUUAUGGCUCCUCUUACCUCAACGAGGAGUUCAGCUUCACUAAAUUUAAAGAACGCAAUAUCAUGAAGCGGCAUAUUACUAGUAGAGUGAAGCAAGUGGGCGGGACAUCCCAUCCUGAGUUUGCUUUGGAGUGGCUGAUUACUAACAUUAUCCUUAAAGCAGAAAGACCACGAAGCAAACGAAUGGUUGUGGCUGUUUUUGGUGAAAACUCUGAGCACAGCAAAGCUCAGCUUGAUUAUUUGUCUAGAUUAUGUAAGUGUCAGAAUGUUGUUAUGUUUGUCCUCAUGGCGGGACACAGAUUCGACUGGAACCGGAUGCAGGAUCUCACCAACUCUCCUCUGGAGCAACACCUGGUAUUCCUGGAUGACAGAGAGUACGCCACACGCUUUGUUUACGCCUUCCUGCAUAUGUUCCACAGAGGAAUCUUGCCCCAGUCAGUGAUAGAGACCCGUGAUUGUCGUGGUUUUGUGCUGAGGCCUGUUGGAUUUGGACAAGGAACCACAGAGAGAGAUAUUCUGCCCACUGAUGCGUCCACUGAAGAGCCCAUCACAACAGAAGAACCUCUGGAGGAAUAUGAUUAUAAUGAGCAAAAGACAGAACCAAUCACUGAUGACAAUCAACUUGAGUACACUGAACGCUUUACAGAAGAGCACAUAGAGGACCACACCAAGCCUCCAAAGACUAAAGACCAUGACGCUGGAUGAUCUGACCAAGAGGAAGCAUGCAGAUUAGAAAUAAAGGUGGACCAAGAACUGAUUCUUGAGGUACACCAUGGGAAGGCGCUGAAUCCAGAUCUUCCUGGCCUCUGUUGUGAACAACAGUUAAGAUGGCAUUCCAGGGACCAGUUUACGACAGGGCCCCUCUCUAACUGCUGGUGUGUAAGAAGAUGUGCCACACUGUGAUUGGAUCUUUGGUGAAUGAACAUAAACAAAUGUUCAGCAACAUCAGAUGAGAUGUUAGGACAACUGCCAGACACCUCUUCCAGAGCAGCAAGGGGGACCUUCUGCACCCACCAAAACCAAGGUGAGGACUUCUCAUUAUACGACACAUUGACUCCAACCACCAAACUCAUUCCUAAGGUUUAGGCAAGGACUGCCAUAAAAAUUCCUUCAGGACCCCCUGGAUGGAGCAGCAGUGACUGAAAUAAAGAGAGGCUACAGAUAGCUAUCUAAAUCCAUUCAUACCUACGUUUGGAGGCCUUAAUUCGAUUUAAACUGCAUCACAUCCACUCCAUCUUCAUCUGACCCUUACGGCUCCUACAGCAGCGCAGCCCAGUCUGCAAAGGGCCUCUGCAUCAGCAGACAUUGCCUGUACCACACGGCUCCUCAGCAGCGCAGUCAGCCUGCAAAGGAACCUGUGAAGAUUCAUCUGACCCAGCUGCCCAGUCCAUCCUAAAGGACCCUCUUGGCGCAACCGAAGUUCAGCAUCCUCCAGCCCAGCGUGGCACGACUACUGGAUCGCAACUCCGCGCCCUCCCACUGCACGCAGCCUGCAUCAUCAGUGGAAGACGUCUCUGCUACCAGAUUGAUCACCUGACUGUGUGGAAUGUAAAUAUAAACUUACCAAACCUCUUUCUAGAGACCUUGGCAUUAGUUUAUACAAGCAGCAUAUGUUUUUCUAACCUGUUUAGAUAACAGUUACUUGAGGUCAGCUUGUUACAAAUAAUAGGGAUAUUAUUUGUUGAAUGAUAAAUAAGCAAUUAUUUAUCACCAUUUUACCAGAGCCAUUAGGUGGUUUCCAUAAGAAGCAUUCCCAUUCUACAUUCAGUUCAACAGCAUUGCAUUUAUCCGUUCUGUGUUCACUUCAUUUAUUUGUUUCUUUGAUUUAAUUCAGUAUUCUGCUUUGAUUAUUAUUUUACUAUCUUUUAGAAGUGCAUAUUCAUUAUUUCAUUAUUAAUCAUUGUGGCAUGUCUGUUGUUAAUAAAUUUCAUUGAUU